ACUGCUUCUACUAGCUUUCCAACUCUCCUUUUCCUCUCUCUUUCCCUCUCUCCAUAUCCAUUCAACUUCUCACUCUUUUUCUCUUCUUAAUUCUUCCUAUCCGUCUCUCUUUACUUCCUUAAUUCAUCCUUCGAUCGCUCUAAACUCUAUCGGAAGUAAUCGGUUGUUUCUAUAUCUUGCUCUCUGUUUUUGUGGGUUCUUUUCUUUUCUUUUCUUUCUUUCUUUUCUGUUUGCGUAAUGGACAAGAAAGCUAGUAUGGCUACUGCGACGACGGAUUGGAGGACGGAAAUAACUAAAGAAACUAGACAGAAAAAGUUUCAUUCGAUAUGGAUGGUGUUGGAGAGACAGUUUUCUGGUCAGUUCAAUAUGAACGUAAUUAGUGACCAUGCGAGGAAACAUGAGAUGAAGUUGUUUAGUCAGGCCAAUUCUACGGAUGAAUAUUUGAAUGCUGGAAUCGGAAAGCUGAGUAAGAGAGAAAAUCACCGGGGGAGUUCAAGCAGUCGAGCAGCAGUGGUUUAUCCGCAAUAUCAUCAGCCAACGCCACAGCUACGUAGACAACAUCCAAAGGUGAGACAGGCGCAUCAACAAUUUGCGAUGCAGAAUCAAAGCUGUGCUAGUCUACAAAAUACAUCAAAUUCACAAUCUAGACCCCAGGGUUUCCAGAGACAAGAUAUUGGAAUUCAUCUGUCCUCAGAAAUGUUCACGCAACAUCCUAACUUUUUGAACUUGACAACUCAAGUUGAAAAGGAAGCGAAUAGCGAAGGUUUUAAGGCCUCCAAAUCCUUACAUCAACACGAGCAGCAUAAGCAACAACACUCCAUGAGAGCUUCUGCAGAAAGAAUUCCAAGUUCAGAAGUUUUGCAUGAUGCUGCCUUUGCUGAGAUGGAGCAGCUCAAGAAGACGUUCUUGCCUUUUAUUAUUAAGGCAUAUGAACCGUAUCGAAAGGUUCACCCAGACGCCCAGCACAAGAACAGGCUUAUGAAAACACUGGAAAGAAUUCUGACCUUUUUCCAUUCUCCUAAGGAGAAAAUCAUUGCUUCUUACACCAAGGAGAGGUUUUAUCGAUGUUUGAAAUAUAUUGAGCAAUUUGGGAACACAAUUAAGUGCAAUACCAAUGUUGCUAAUAAGCAGUCGUCCCUACAUGGUGGCCAGCCUGGCCUUAGUGGAUCUCGCAUAAACCAUCCACUUCAGCAAAGUGAUAAUGUGAAACUCCCUUGUCAAUCAGUAAUCCGGGCUACAACUGGCUCUUCUGGUAGUUCUUCCCCAAUAGCACCACAAGAAAAAGGUUCUGUAAGGUCAGAAACAGAUUAUAUUCAGAAAAAUCUGUUGCAGAAUAGGCAACAUUAUAAAAGCAUCAAAUCAAAAGUACAUCCCCAAUGGAUACAUGCUUCAGGAAACACUCCAGCUACGUAUAGGUCAGGAAUGUCUUUGAAUCAUCAUUUGAACUCAAACUUUUCCCAUCAAAUACAUGAUGCUUCACAACUUUGUCAUGUUGCUGAGCGACCUCGUCCAACAAAGCCUUGUACUUCUCCAUUGUACGGAAUAGCUUCUCCAGCUCCAUCUUCCCCUAUAGUUGGGCUUGAAAAAACCUCUCCAAAUGUUACCUACCAUUCAGGUUUGAACUUUCAAUCCCCUCAACAUUGUAACCCAUAUCAGUUAUUACAUUCCAAAACAGAAACCCAAGUCCCGUCUCAGAAGAUUAGAAGCUCUAGUGCAAUGACCUCUCCAGUCGCCGAACCUACCAGUCCUGGAAUCAAUGGGCAAUUUUCAACGUAUCAGGCUUAUAGUCGCUUACUUAAAGCUGUUGGGUCAUCAUCAAGGGCAGCACUGAGAGCAGCUGUGUCGGGAAUAACUUCAGUUGGGUAUAUGGAAGAUGCGAUAAUAGAUCCCCGGUGUCAUGCAAUGGUAACAAAUUUAAGGUUGCUAAACGGAUGUGGUUCCUCAAAUAAUAUGAAGCGCAAAAUAAACGCAAUGGCCUUAAACAACAUACCAUCUCCUCGCAGUGAUAUUCCUGGGUCUGAAGAAACAGUUACAUCAAGAACAAAGAAGCUCAAGAAACAUACUGAUUCUUCGCUCUUAGAAGAAAUAAGAAACGUAAACAAGCAGUUCAUCGAAACAGUCUUGGAACUAGAUGUGGACGAGAACCUCAAUCGACGAUUAGCCAAUGCGGGUACGGUUCUUCGAUGCUCCUAUAGUGCUGUAAUUGAUAGUACAAAUUCAGAAGCCUACCCUGUGAAACUGCCAGUGCUUACUAUGAAACUGCUUGUGCCUCUUGAUUAUCCUGAAGACUACCCCGUAUUUCUAAGCAAAUUCGACUCAGGCUCCAGCAACGUGGAUGAAGAAUGUAGUAACCUGUCGAACGAAGCAAUGUCGAUGUUACGUGCAUUCCUUCGCACUGCUCCGGAAUGUGUGUCUCUUGAAGAAUAUGCAAGGGUAUGGGAUGAAUGUGCUCGCUCUGUGGUAUCUGAUUAUGUUCAACGUGCGGGCGGGGGAAGCUUCAGUGCUCGAUAUGGGACCUGGGAGGACUCUGUUGCCACUGCCUAACCCCUCCCUUUAUUUUGAACCAAAUUUAUACUAUACCACAAGCAGUAGCAGCCUCCAAACAACCGGCGGCCUUAUUUUCGACGGUGCAUUCGGGAGUUUUGCACUUGCGACCGACUGCCGUCGUUGUGGGGUCCAUGUAAUCCGCUUUGAAGAUGUGGAGUUCUCUGCCUGUCUCCUCCGGGUCGUCAUGUGCAAUAUUAAGAAGGAGAUAAUUUUAUGCAUGUCUCCUCUCGGGUUUAUGGGCUUUGGACCGGAAACGAGGCAAGCUCAAGUACUUUUCGCAAACAUUAAAAAUUAAGGAGAUAAUUCACUUGUCUAUAGAAUUAUCUGUGAUAAAUAAUCAAUGAUAUCUCUUUUAAAAAUUUUACAAAUGGUUUUUGUUUACUGGAUGCAGUGACAUUUCCAACUCCAAUUUGACAUCAGUCAACUCAAUUAUAGGGUUUACCUCGUUUAUUGGAAAAGUGCGGUAGGAGUUAUUU